GAUUGGUCUUGAAAGAAUGUUCCGUCAUUGUGUGCUGUUCAGCCGAUCCUUCCCCAGUAAAAUAUUGGGCUUCCCGGCAGGCCAAACGAUCGAUAGCAGAGCUCCUAAAAAUUCUCUUCUUCGCCUUCUCCACUACUUCUCCUCUGAUUUCUCGCCCCCCACCCCAAUCUUUGAUCCCCACGGCGCGAUUCCCCGCGGAGAUCUAGCGCUGCUGAAGGUAAGCGCAUCAACCCUCGUUUUUAUCUCCUUCCGUUCUUCGAUUUGGCUCUAGAUUUUGAGCUCCGUUCGAUCCUAUCUCCCCGAGGUUGGACAUGGCGGUCGGCGAGAGCUCGUCCCCCGGAUCCUCUGCCGAGAGCGAGAACCCUAAAGCGGAUCAGAGCCCCCGGUCGUUGGACUCCUCGCCGCCGCUAGCGGCGGCGGAGGCCGAUGGUGCGAUCGAGACGUUCGCCCGGAGGGUCCAGGAGACCCUCUCCCUUGGGAAGCGGCACCGGUUCUGGGAGACCCAGCCGGUGGGCCAGUUCAAGGAUCUCGGCGACCCCAGCCUCUCCGAGGGCCCGAUCGAGCCCCCGACGCCGCUAUCCGAUGUCAAGCCGGAGCCCUACAACCUCCCCGCACAGUACGAGUGGACCACCUGCGACAUGGACGACGACCAGACCUGCGGCGAGGUCUACAACCUCCUCACCAGCAACUACGUCGAGGACGAUGAGAAUAUGUUCCGGUUCAACUACUCCAAGGAGUUCCUCCGGUGGGCUCUCCGCCCCCCGGGCUACUACAAGGCCUGGCACAUCGGCGUCCGGGUGAAGGCCAGCAAAAAGCUCGUGGCUUUCAUCACUGGCGUGCCGGCGAGGAUCCGGGUGAGGGAUGACAUCGUUCGCAUGGCGGAGAUCAACUUCCUGUGCGUCCACAAGAAGCUGCGGUCGAAGCGGCUUGCACCUGUGAUGAUCAAGGAGGUAACCAGGAGGGUCCACCUCGAGAAUAUCUGGCAGGCGGCGUACACGGCCGGCGUGGUCCUCCCGACACCCGUCACGACGUGCCGGUACUGGCACCGGUCGCUGAACCCGAAGAAGCUCAUUGAUGUAGGGUUCUCCAGGCUUGGAGCACGGAUGACCAUGAACCGGACAAUUAGGCUCUACAAGCUGCCUGAAUCCACUGUGACCCCGGGAUUCAGGAAAAUGGAGCUCCGUGAUGUUCCAGCGGUCACCCGGUUGCUGAGGCAGUACUUGAGCCAGUUUGUGGUCGCACCUGAUUUUGAUGAGAACGAUGUCGAACAUUGGCUUCUUCCAUUGGAGAAUGUGGUGGAUAGUUACUUGGUUGAGAGCCCUGAGAGACAUGAAGUCACAGACUUCUGCAGCUUCUACACCCUUCCAUCUUCAAUUCUCAACAACCAGAACUACUCUGUGUUGAAGGCUGCGUAUUCUUACUACAAUGUGUCCACGAAGACUCCUUUGCUUCAGCUGAUGAAUGAUGCACUUAUUGUGGCAAAACAGAAGGCCUAUGAUGUCUUCAAUGCUCUUGAUGUCAUGCACAAUGAGUCUUUCCUCAAGGAACUGAAGUUUGGGCCUGGGGAUGGGCAGCUGCAUUACUAUCUAUAUAAUUAUCGGAUCAGGAAUCCUUUGAAAGCAUCAGAGCUCGGACUUGUACUUCUAUAGGUUGCUCCUUAGGUCUUGGAUUUCUGGUGAGUCACUGAAUAAUAUCCUGUAGUCUUUGCUAAAUAUCCGGAGUAUUUACCAGCCUUUUUACCGUUUGAUAGUUCUGAAUCCAAUUAUCAUGGGUAAGAAAAGAUCAGAAUAUGGACUUUUAUUUAGUAGCAAGUGAGUUUAAAGAACCUUGUUUAUGUUUGACUGCAAUGACAUGCAUUUCUUGGUCCACUACUCAGUGCUAGUUCUAAGUUUCUGU